AGUCCUCCUCUCGUGCCAGUGGCCUCCUGCCAUAUUUAUUCAUGCCGGGCAAGAUGGCGGCGGAACGGACGAGAUGUUCCUGCCAGUGAGCACAUAAUAGGCGUUUUAUAAAUAAUAUUAAAACGAGCGGGAUUCUCGCGCACACUUGACUGCGUCGCGCGUGCAUUUUUCCCGUGGCGAAUGUGGAGGUCGUUUUGAUUUUUCAAGUUUUCGCCGUUUUUUUCACCCCCCUUUACAAAAUGUUCCCGUUGUGAGUCGCUCGCUUAUCGAGCAGCUGGCUAACCGAGCAGUCAGGAGCUAGUUAGCUCUCUAUCAGAGUGGAGAAUGGGAGAAAAGCUGGAGCUCAAGCUCAAAUCGCCGGUUGGAGCGGAACCCGCUGGUUAUCCCUGGCCGUUACCAGUAUACGAUAAACACCACGAUGCUGCUCACGAAAUCAUCGAGACCAUUCGGUGGGUGUGUGAGGAAAUCCCUGACCUCAAACUUGCAAUGGAAAAUUAUGUUCUCAUCGAUUAUGACACCAAGAGCUUUGAGAGCAUGCAGAGACUUUGUGACAAGUACAACAGGGCCAUUGACAGCAUCCACCAGCUGUGGAAGGGGACUACCCAGCCCAUGAAGCUAAACAAGCGUCCUUCCAACGGGCUGCUGAGACACAUCCUACAGCAGGUGUACAACCACUCAGUGACCGACCCUGAGAAGCUGAACAACUACGAACCCUUCUCCCCAGAGGUGUAUGGAGAGACCUCAUUCGACCUGGUGGCUCAGAUCAUCGAUGAGAUGGAAAUGAUGGAAGAAGACACAUUUGUUGACCUUGGCAGUGGAGUGGGGCAGGUGGUGCUGCAGGUUGCAGCAGCAACAAACUGUAAACACUACUAUGGAGUAGAGAAAGCAGACAUUCCAGCUAGUUAUGCAGAGACCAUGGAUAAAGAGUUUAAAAAGUGGAUGAGAUGGUAUGGGAAGAAGCAUGGGGAGUACACACUGGAGAGAGGUGAUUUUCUAUCUGAAGAAUGGAAAGAAAGGAUAGCCACCACAAGUAUUAUUUUUGUGAAUAACUUUGCCUUUGGUCCAGAAGUAGAUCACCAGCUGAAGGAGCGCUUUGCAAACAUGAAGGAAGGUGGCAAAAUUGUGUCCUCCAAACCCUUUGCACCUUUAAAUUUUCGAAUCAACAGUCGAAACUUGAGCGAUAUUGGCACAAUAAUGCGCGUGGUGGAACUCUCUCCAUUGAGGGGCUCGGUGUCGUGGACUGGAAAGCCGGUUUCCUACUACCUUCAUACCAUAGACCGCACUAUACUUGAAAACUAUUUUGCCAGUCUAAAGAAUCCUAAACUCAGGGAGGAGCAAGAGGCAGCUAGACGACGUCAACAAAAGGACACAAAGGACAGCAAAAGCAAUAACACCACCCCCACAAAGCUUAAGGAGCAAAACAAACAGCAGCAGGACUCCGGUGGUGAGGAGGAGCGCCCUAGCCUGGUGACCGUGGUCAAACCCCCUCCCAAACCCCGAAGAACCCGGCUGCUGGCCAAAGGUCGCAAGCUAAACAACAAGAAACGUGGUCGACCCAAGAAAGCCACCCCUGCUGCUGAGAAGAAUAAGAAGAAUCAGAGCGCAUUAGACCUGCUGCAUGCUAAGACCCUUUCUGCAGCACCACCUCAGGAUGCAUACCGGCCACCUCAGACUCCCUUCUACCAGCUACCUCCCAAGGUCCAGCACUAUAAUCCCAGUCAGCUGCUGAUGAGCCCAACUCCUCCGGGUCUGCAACAACUACUUGAUAACAUCAAAGUCCAGUACCUCCAAUUUAUGGCUCACAUGAAGACUCCUCAGUAUCGCUCCAAUCUGCAGCAGCUUUUGGAGCAGGAGAAGGAAAAACACAGGGAUUUGUCAGGUCAGGCAGAGCAGCUCCACUUGGUGUGUCAGUCUCACAAAGACAAGAUUAAAGGACUCUUCCAAACCAAGCUAGAUGAACUCAGAGUCAAAGCUCUGACUGUGGAGGAUCUCAUCCAGGCUCAGAAGGAGAUAUCAGCCCACAACCGUCAGCUAAAAGAGCAAACCAAGCAGCUCGAAAGAGAAAUGGUUUUCCUGAGGGACCACAGUCUGCUACUGCUCAAGUCUCGAUGUGAGGAGCUGAAGCUCGAUUGGGGAUCUCUGUGUUUGGAGAGUUUGUUGAAGGAGAAGCAGGCUUUGCGCAGACAGAUUUCUGAGAAACAGAAGCACUGCUUGGAGUUGCAGAUUAGCAUCGUUGAGCUGGAAAAGAGUCAAAGGCAACAGGAGCUGCUGCAGCUCAAGUCCUACAGCCCUCGUGAUAGCUCCCCCUACAGGAAGAGUCUGGAGUCACGAGGCUCCACCGACAUGGACUCUUGUAGGUUCGGCCUGUCGUCGGCCCCAGCAAUGAACGGCAUCAGCCCGGAGCUUUCGGUCAACGGGACAGGCUCGCCAUGUUUCGACCGGGCUAACGGAAAGGCAGAGCUUUCUCGCUACCUUCCCAUCUCUCCGGACCACGACGCGGUGGCCGCCCCUUCCGAGGCGCGACAGAGGCAACAGAGCUCCUCCCAGCCUGAUUACACUCGCUUCUCACCUGCCAAAAUUGCCUUACGGAGGCACCUCAACCAAGACCCCACUGCCUCUGCUCACUUGAGAGGAUCGAGCCUAAUGACACACAGGGAACUGGGAGGUGUUAACUCCCCUCAUGGAGCCAAACAAAACUGUCCUUCUCCCAAUUCAUCUGAUUCUCAGUGUAAUGUGAAAAUCUCCGAUAGGGUGGGUAAGGAGAGGAGUCCGUCAGUUCAGGGUGACAGCAUCACUAGCCUUCCCAUCAGCAUCCCUUUGAGUACUGUCCAUCCCAGUAAACUUCCAGUCAGCAUUCCGCUGGCCAGUGUGGUGCUGCCCAGUCGGGCUGAGAGACUUAGAAAUACUCCCAGCCCUGUGUCCCAGUCAGGUCAGACCAAUGGAUACUCAUGUAGCUCAGGGCUAAUGAAUGGAGGUCCCCACCCUGAGGACCACAAUGGUGCUUCUUUAUCACCUCUUCCACACAGCAACAGUCCUUUGACAGGACCAAUGGGUCGAGGUGGUCCCAUCCAGAGCCCGUCACUGAGCACAGGAGGGGUGCUCCACUAUGCCGAUGGACCCCCCAGGAUUCUCCCUGAAGAUGGAGCCGAGCGCCAAGGUGAAGAAUCCGACACGGAUCUGCAAGACGACGACCCGCUGAGGAAGAUUUUCUCGUCGUCUUCAUCUCCAUCUUUCUGUCCAUCAGGCAACGGGAACUGUGUGAAUGGAGGAUCACGCCUUCAUCAUCACGCUGGCUCGACCAAGCAGGGAUACCACAGUAACCAUGGGAACCACCACCACCAGUCUCCGAACACGCAGCACGCACACACGCCAACACACACGUCAUCCUCCCACAGCUUUGGCUCUCAGGAGGGGCGGAGGCGCGGGAGGAGAAAACGCGGCUCCACCGGGGCGGCGGCCAGCGGAUCCCCGAAGAGACGCUCCUUCCCUGGGGUCAGCUCCAACAGUCACUCAACAGGAUCCCCACUCAACAUCAACUCCAUGGUGAACAACAUCAACCAGCCCCUGGAAAUCUCCGCCAUUUCUUCUCCAGAACAAUCAAGCUGCAGCCCCCAUGGUCCCGACCUGGACCAGCCCCCCAUCUUGAAGAGAGAGCGCCCCCUGGAGCUCAAUGGUAAUGGCCGAUACUCGACCACUCCCAGCUCGGAUGAUGAGGACUCUGGAUAUCCCCCGGACAGCUCCAGUUCCCGCAUCGAAAGAAAAAUAGCCACUAUAUCACUGGAAAGCAGAGAUGGCCAUUGUAGACUGCUUGAUGGGGAACGAGGAAGGAAAUCUGGUAGCAGCAGUGGUAACAGUACAGGCAGUGAGGCUUCCUCUUCAUCCUUUUGUUCAAACAGCAAGUGGAAAUCAACGUUUUCCCCCAUAUCAGACCCCAAGCAACCCAACUUGGACCUCAGGCAGGGGGGCUCCCCGUUCAGCUCUGGGGGCUCGAGCCGAAGCACAGACUCCGAUUCGGAUUACAAGCAGCAGAAUGGGAGGAAAGCGGGCGACGGGGAUUCCUCCAGCUACAUGACCCCCAACCCUUUCCUCAGUCAGGAGACGGGAACGUGGGCGGUAGCAAGCAGCGGCGUCCAGGGAGGGACCGCUUCAGACCAGCGGCAGGUCCUUCAGAAGCAAAAGGGCCCCCGCGACUGGGAGCUGAAGACCACCAGCAGCAUUGCCAGUCAGAACCUCUUCAUCGCUGCCGCCACCAGCGGAGGCAGCAUUCUGAAUGGGAAGGUUGGGGGCAGUCCUGUGGCGGUAUCCUCAACCACUGGGUCAGCGAUGGGGCAGUACCUGGGCUCCCAGUUCCCACUUGGAGGAGCCUCUGUCCUGCAGUCCUUGUUCGGGGCCCAGACGGGUGUCUCUGUGAACGGGACCUCCCGGCUCGUGAACGGCUUCUCCAGCGCGGGGCUGGCAGGGGGAGCAGCAGGAGGUAUUUUUCACCAUGUGGUUCCCUCAGCGUCCUCCCAUCAGUUUGGGGCGACGCUGUCCACCUCUGGAGGCCUCAGCUCUCUGCUCAGUCUCUCCUCCUCUUCCUCUGCCUCCAUCCAAACCCAGCAGCACACCACUGCUCCGCCUGCCCCCACGCGCCUCACCUCCGCGUCUUCAUCUGUCUCACUCUCGCCGUCCCAGGCCCAGCACAGCCGCACGCAGUCAGUGCUGCACAGUCCCUCCCCUCCCACUCUCUCGCUUCCCCCUCCACCGCCCCUUCACAGUGUCCCUUCCUCCUCUUCCUCCUCCUCUUCCUCCGCAGCCUCCACACACCCUGACGUCUCGUCAUCUUCUCGGUCAGACCCCCUCCACCCAUUACGUCUGCCCCAGCCGUCCCUCCAUCACCAGCGAAUACACUUAUCUCUCUCGCUUUCCAUCACCACCUCCUCCACUGCUUCAACUUCUGUCUGCACCACUGUCGCUGCUUCCCCCUCCCUCCCCUCUUCGUCUCUGUCCACCUCGUCCUCGUCUCGUCCAUUCGCAGUGCACUACUCCCCCCGGUUGCCCCUGCCCCCACUGCCGAGCGCCUCAGGCGGUGGCGGGAGCAUGUGGAGGACUCAGGGCAUGCAUGGGCCCCACGCCGCCGCCCAAAUCCCCGGCUCCCGGCCCAGAUAGCGUUUGGGCCAAGGGGCAGUGGGGAAGAGGGGAUGAAGAGGGGAAGGGAGGAGGGCGAUCAGUGGGUGGAUAGAGAAAGAUAGGGAGAGAGAGAGACAGGAUACCUGUUUUCCCUGUUUUUCUACCAGCUGUUGUUCAGAAUGAACAAGGUAAUUGAUGCGAACUACCUCAGCAACAACAUAAACUAUGCAAAUGUCCAGGCGUGGACCAAGGCACACUCCUCAUUUACUGGUGCUUCAAACUGUCUGCACUACCCAACCGCCUCCAAGACCGGCUUCUUACGGGGAAAAUCUGGGACACGCGCACACACACACUCACACUAAGGACCACUGUGGUCACCUGGAGCAGAAUCUGCAGUCAAGAGUCUUGCUUCUGUUUGAUGAAUGAAGAUUUAAAAUCUGAAAGUCAGCCAUCAGAGAGAGAAAUGAUUGUAUUAGUUUCAUCUUAAAGGUGCUCAGAUAUAAUUGUGGUAACAAGAAAGGAAGAAAAUCCUUUCGAAAAAUGAAAUCACAGCAUGAAGCACACAUCCUGUCAGCCUAAUCAGGUGCCACACUCCUUCCAAAGCUUCACUUAAUGUGUGUGUGUGUCUUUGUGUGUGUGUGUGUGUGUACGUGUCUGUACAUUGAAACACACAACGCAGAGCCAGUUGACUGAACGGGGCUCAGAUAUCAUGCAGCUUUGCCUCGCUGCAUGCAUGUUCUCUUAUCCAUUCUUCCCUAUGAAGUUGAGCACGUGUUGCUUUUCUUUCUUUUUUUUUCUUUUUUCAGUCUGAAGCAAGAUGAGGAUCAUUUGGUUUAACUUCACACUGGAUGUUAAGGAUGCAGAUGUUUCAGUCUUGGGUGGUUAAUUUGACACCCUGAUAUGUUUUCUAAAAACCAAAAUCAGAUCAUUUUGAUUGCCUGAUGCAUUGAUUAUGAAUUGAAAUUCAGCUGGAGUCAAAUCAGACAUUGGAAUGAGGUGUGAUUGACUGUAUUUUCAUCUAAUAUCAAGCAUUUAGCAUAUCAGCAAGACUUUCUUUGUGAUACUUAUUAAGAGAAGACAUCUCUUCUCUUAAUAAUUUAACUAAUGAGUGAAAAAUAUGGAAAACAUCUGUAGAUGUUGCAACAAUGUUCUGAUUUUUAGUCCUAGCGGUUCACAUUACCAGUCGAGUAUGUUUCAAUCUAAGCAGAUGAAAUGAAAUGAAAUUCACUAAGUCGCGUGGCUCUCUGACAAGGCAGCUGCUCUGCAGCAGCGGCUUGCUGUCGGAGUUUAGUUGGAAGUUUGUGAAAAAGCUUAAAAGCAGAUGUACAUAAUUAGAGAAUUCAACUAGUUUCUCUAUUUAUUGAGAUUUCUGUUUCUGAGUCAGUUUAGUUAAGUCACACUACUACUUGGAAUCAUUUCUGCAGCCGGGUUUUUUUUUUUGUUUUUCUUUUUAAAACAGAACUUAAGCUAAAUUUUGCCCUAUUUAUCUUUGCUGCGCUUGGUAGAAACAACCACGCACACAUACACAGGCAGACAUGCAAAACCCUCGCACACUGGCAAAAAGACAAAAAACAACAACGAAAAAAAUUUAAUUACAGUGACCACAAAAAAACUACUGGACUCCCUUCACACAUUUGUUUGCUUGUUAAUUGUCUUUUUUUUUUUUGGUUUGUAAACAAUGUUUGUACUGUGAAUGUGAUUCAUUCUCCAACUGUAUAGUUGUGAAUAAUUCAGAAGAUUAUUAUUUAUGCUGUCCGUCUCUCCUUUUUGCCUUGGUGUUUGUUCUUCAUUCUGAAUUGUGUUGACAAAGUAGAAUGCAAUAGUGUGUGCGUGUGUGUGUGUGUGUACUUGACUCACAGUCUGAAAACAAUGGUGCUAAGUUUGGACUGUGCCUGAUCUUAUUUAUUGUAAAUAGAAAUCAGAAAAAAGAAACAAAAAAAACCCAAUUUGAAUACUUGGUGCUCUACACAGGGACAUUCGUUAGGCCGUAUUUUUUUUUGGCAUUUCUUUUCUCAUAUUUAAUAUGCUUUUGUCUCAGUUUUUAGCCUAGUGUACAGCAGUAGGUGAUGAUAAAGCUCUCCAGUAGCUGCCUCAGAGUCUGAGGAAAUAGGUGUUGAUGUUUCUCCUACAGAGGGUUUUCAUAUAUAUAGUCGGACUGCUUUUUCUCUCAGAAGUGAGCUUCUUAUCUCUCAGUGAAUAAGGCACACUGUUUUUAUAUAUUUUUUUUUUGUCGUUGUAAGUCUCCCAUCAAAGUUUUAUAAAGUAUGUAUCUAUUUACAUUACAUCUAUAUAAGUAAAUAAAUAUAUAUGUAUAUAGCUAUAAAAAUAUAUACAUAUAUAUAGAGAGAGUAAUGAGGGAUGUUUGGUGCUCACAUUCUGACCCUUAUUUUCAGCCUGUUAAAACAGGAGGCUUGAAGCCAAGCUAAGCAAAAGCAUUACCACCUUGGGACCUUAAACAUGGCAGCGCAGCACCACCUGAAUCCUCGUGAUGUGAACAAGACAGGACUAGAUACUCAAAGCGUGCGCGCGUUCGUACUUAAGCGCUCGCGCACACACACCGGAGCUGUCGCUCGGGACACGCUUCAAAUCCAGCACUAGAACUGUUAUCACUUUAAUCAGGUGUUUUUAACUCUUUGUUUUCUUUGGUUUUGGACCCAAAUUCUGCAGAAGGAGAAAAAAAGAAAAAGAAAUGGUGCUUCUGUUUCAAUGCAACGUCACUUCAGUUUUUACUGACUCGGAUCUUUUUACUGGUGCAUAUAAACGCCACGUCGGCGUCUUCUCCAACACUUGAUCUCUUCCUGAUGGGGCCGAACUUUGUCAAGCGACCGUGUUGUGUAACCGCGAGCAGACGUGCUGAUGUAAAGUGCUGUUGAUGGUUGAGAGCAGCAACGCUUCCUUUUAAACCUGCUAGAGGAAUUGCACUUGAGCUCAGUUUGUGUGGGUGCCGGGUUUUUGUUUCACCUUUCUCCCCGCUCUUACUGGUGCAUAUCUAAGGGAAGAACAUUGAAAGCUUAAUAGUCAAAACCUCCUGUCCUGUGCACUCCCCAUGUAAACCAAUGUUCUCACAUGUGAGUGUUUAAACGAACAGAAGUAAGUCAUUUUCAGACGUAGUUAGAGACUAGUCCAUUUGUUACCAGCACUGAGAGGUAUUUUGUAAUUAUUGUUGAUGCUGUUUGGAUAAUUAUUAUUUUUUUCUCUCUCUCUCUCUCUUCCUAUUCUUGGUGUUUGAUACAAUUGCAGUUACAUGUAAUGCUUUCUAUGGUGUAUGCAGAUUCCUGUCAGGUUUUAUUCCUACUAUUCAGACGGACGGCACGGUGCUCUCCAUCACUUAAAAUAAAGAGUUGCAGCUUUUGUUAGAUCCUACCCUCUUCCUGUUUUAUGGUUCCAACAUGUUCAACCUGAGCUCACUUUGUUGCUUUCCGGGCGGCCCAGUCCGACUCCUCGGGCUUUCACUUGGAGGUGAUUCGAUGCAUGUGCCACGAAAGAAAAGUCUGUGCUAUAAAAGGUUAAACAUGCUCAAUACAGGUUUCAAUCAGUUUUGUAGUUACAUGCAGAAAUAUAUAAAAUUUAAGCUUUUUUUUUUUUUUUUGCAACUCUCCUGGUACGUCUUUGGUAGAUGAGUUUUUGCACUCAAUGCUGUUUACUUCGAAUCCUGCCAAAGGUCUUAACUCAGGAACCUUCCAGCAGUUUUCUACAAACAACUCUUCUUUUUCUUUCUAUUUUUAUAAAAGUGCAUGUAGUCCCUGUAAAGUCUAAGCUCAGGACAAAUUAACUGUGAGCAUGCUUUAAAGCAAAAAAAAAAAUUUAUAAAAAUUUGUCGGCGAUGUCCUCCGACUGACUCCUUCUGGCGCAUGCGUCCACAUUCCCAGGUGAAGUCGAGCCCUUGUGAGUCGCUGUGACCUCCGAAAAGUCGUGAAAUGUGCUUUCGACAUCUUCCUCAUCUCACAAAUGCCUCUGUCUCGGGAUGUGUCACCAAGAAGGAGGUUGGUCGUCCUCUCUGUCCAGGUCCCUUCAGCUGUGUCGGGACGGGCAGCGUGGGACAGACGUAACCUCGCCGGUGCGCGUGGUGACUGAUUGGUGAAGCCAGGGCAGGUUUGAGGUGCAAUAAUGGCAAACCUACUUCCCAAAAGGCCCUGGGUUUUUCCUGAAACAAUUGUUACUGUUUGAUGUUGGUGCUUUUAUCCUAUGAUGUACAAAUGAAACAAAUGGAAUUAGUGGAGGGUUUUUUUUUUCCUGCCUUUUAUGUUUAUUAAUAAAAAUGUUUCAUAUGAUAUUGACA